CGGAAUUGGGGUCUGCUCUAAGCUGCAGCGAGAGUAACUGUUUAAGAGAGGUUGCGAAAAAGCUGGCCAAUUUCAUAGCCCCGGUUUGUACAUGUCUCUUUCCUCUCUUUGGGGCUGUGCAUCCAAGGCAAGGCUAGACGGGACUAAAUACAUUUAUUGUACCAGUCACUGCUCUUCCUACCAGGAAGACACACAUUUAUUAAUGCUGCUUGGUUGCAUGUGCGGGGCUUUUUCCCCCGUUUAAUCCCUCGCAGCCAGUGAAUACCAGUCGAACAAAACUCUUGAUCCCUCUACCACGAGUCCUGGACAGACUGAAGGAGAUUUUUUGUUUCGCUUUGUGGGAAGUAACUUUUUUUAUUAAAAAAAAAAUUGGUUUUUGCUGUGCCCUUUAAAGAAACGAGACUUUUAGCAGUGGGCGUGCUGGUUUUGCUGAAACACCUCGAGCAGGGAGAGGGUGAAAGAGCGAGAGAGGGAAAAGCACUUGUAAACUCCCGGGUGGGGAAAGAGGUGGAAAAGAGAGGAACGAGGACUUGGAUUGACGGUUGGUAUUGUUUUUAAAAAGAAACUGUUUCUACUUCGAGCCCGGCUUCUGCAAUUAGAUCCCCAGUGCAAAGUUGCAAGGGGAAGGCGUGCAGAAAGUGCCAGAGAGACAAAAGCGGUGUGGAGCUACAACUACUUCCCAGAGGGGACGGUGCCUUGAAUAGCAGAAAGACGGAGCGCUUGCGAAGGGCGCUCGAGAGCGCCAAGUGACUGGGAAAGUUGAGUGCCUUGUUUCAAGCUGGUGCCAAACUGAGCCCCGCCGAUUUCCCCACAGCCGCCGCCACGCGCGAGCCCCCGAGAUGGUGCAGCAGACGAACAACACGGAAAACACGGAAGCGCUCCUGGCCGGUGAAAGCUCGGACUCCGGAGCCGGCAUCGACUUGGGCAUCGCCUCUUCUCCCACGCCGGGCUCGACUGCUUCGACGGGGGGCAAAGCGGACGACCCGAGCUGGUGCAAGACACCCAGCGGGCACAUCAAGCGGCCCAUGAAUGCCUUCAUGGUGUGGUCUCAGAUCGAACGGAGGAAGAUCAUGGAGCAGUCACCGGACAUGCACAACGCCGAGAUCUCGAAACGCCUGGGCAAGCGCUGGAAGCUGCUCAAGGACAGCGACAAGAUCCCUUUCAUCCGGGAGGCGGAGCGGCUGCGCCUCAAGCACAUGGCGGACUACCCAGACUACAAGUACCGGCCCAGGAAGAAGGUGAAAUCGGGCGCCAACUCUGCGAAGCCGGGCGAGAAGAGCGGCGGCGGAGGGAGCGGUGGCGGCAGCAGCUCGGGAGCAGCUGCCUGCGCUGGCAACUCUUCCAAACUCGCCCUGAAAAAGGGCAGCAGUGCCGCCGCCGCCGCCGCCAAACUCUCCUCCAGUGGCGCCGGCGCGGGCAAGCCGCAUCCCAAACUCAGUCUGAGUGGCGGCGGCAGCAGCAGCAAAGGCGCGCCUCCGUUCCAGGCGUCAGAACAGCCGGCUGCCCUCCUGCCCCCGGAGCACCACUCGCUGUACAAAUCCCGCGCCGCUUCACCGGGCUCCUCCUCGCCCUCCAGCAGCACCAAACACCUCCCCGAGAAGAAGGCCAAGCGACUCUACCUCUUCUCGCACUCGUCGCCCGGCGGCGCCGUGCCCGCCAGCCCGACCCUGAGCUCCUCGACGGAAGCCAGCGACCCGCUGAGCCUGUACGACGAAGCGGGAGCCGCCACAGGGGGUCAGCAGGACGGCGGCGAGUCCUCGGCUUCCCCGGCGGGCGGCUGCUCGCCGUCGGAUCACCAUAGCUACACCAGCCUGAGGGCGCCCUCGCCAGCCCCGUCCACCUCGCACUCGUCGUCCUCGGGCUCCUCCUCCGCCUCCUGCGCUUCCUCCUCCUCGGACGACGAGUUCGAAGACGACCUGUUGGACCUCAAUCCCAGCCCAGGGUUCGACAGCAUGGCCCUGGGCAGCCUGAGCUCGUCGGUACUCGAUAGGGACCUAGAUUUUAACUUGGAGCCCGGCUCGGGCUCGCACUUUGACUUCCCGGACUAUUGCACCCCGGAGGUAAGUGAGAUGAUCUCGGGGGACUGGCUCGAAUCCAGCAUUUCUAACCUGGUCUUCACGUACUGAGGAGGGGGGGGAGGGAAACGAAGGUGCAGAGGAAAAAAGAAAGGCGGGGCGCAGAUAUGGCACAGACCCUUGCGCGCCCUACAGACCGGAGAACGAGAAUUUUGCCCAUUGAGUUUUUCUUCUUCUUAAUGAAACUUAGUUGGGGUUUGUGUGUAUUUUUAAAAAAUAUAACUUUGAAAAGGGAUCAGCCUUUUUUUCUUGGAGAAAAAGCAACCACAGAAGUAUGUUUCUGGCUAAACAGAUCCUCACCAUCCCGCUUCUCCCGCCCCCACGAUUCCUCCUUCCAACAGCCGAAGAAUGAAUUCCACGUUUCAGAGACUAAAAGGAGAAUCAAGUGGCUUAAACAAGAAUGGCAACGACUGUGGGGAGGGGCGGGGAGGGGCGGGGCGGAGGGUUGGAAAUCACGCACAUCUCUUAAGGUUUGUUUCUUGUCCAUACAUUUUGAAAGGAGUGGGGUAGGAAACUAGAUUGUGCUAUGAACUUCGGAUAUCUCUUUGAGUUGGGGGAGGGGGAGGGUUUCCAGAUGAGAAAUAAUGUUUCAAAUAAAUCUGCAGGAUUUGCAAUAGCGGGCGAGUGGGGAGAGAAACAGAUUCCGAGUUCGCUUGGGGGGGGGAUGGUGUGUUCCUUGUAUAUCAAGAGUAGAUGGGGUUAGAGAGAGGCCCUACGAACUGGAUUGACAUCCUGAGUGGGAUGGAAAAGAGGGAGAUGUUAAAAAGGAACUGGAAGCUCUGUUAAGAAGAUAAUAAUAAACCUGAAAAGGAUUUGCACGUAGAAAGGAGGUGGCAGUGAUUUUCUUAGUCACCUUAUAUUAUAUACAGAGAAGUCAGUAUGUGUGGAAUUUCAACAACACUGAACUUUUUUUUUAAUGGAGACAGAUAUAGAACAUACAAAGUUUCUGUAAUGAUGUGGUACAGGAGAUAUAGAAGGCAAUUGCCCUUUUUUGCGAAAAUGUGUUUUUCUUCUUGCUCAGAAUCGUAAUGGUGUUGGAUUAUUUCACUGGUGGGGUUUAAUAUAGCAUGUUAUCCUAUCUUUCUGAGGUUUCUGUAAGACUGUUGAACAGUUUAAAAGAAUAGUGUUAGAAUAAUAUAAAAAGCAGAUAGAUGGCGCUAUGUUUGAUUCCUAUAAAAAUUAUCACCAGCUUUUUUCAUUCUUAACUCUUUAAAGGAUUCAAACGCAACUCAAAUCUGUGCUGGACUUAAAAUUCAGGACCAAAUUUUUCCUCAGUGUCUGUAUGUAUGUGCGUAUGUGUGUGCUCUUUUAUAGCUGUAAAUGAAGUCUCUUUUCACACCCAUGAUCCAUCCUUGAACAUUCUUUUUCCCUGUAAAUGUAAUUUGAUGCCAUUUUAUAAGUGAAGUAUUUAUACUGACCAAACAUUUUUUACUUGUAUAAUUUUGUUGUUUUUUGGUAGUUCUGUUGUUACCCACACCAUUUUUAUGUCACCUUCACUGAAGGGCUAGAGUUUUAUCUUUAAUUUUUUAUAUUUAAAUGUAGACUUUUGACACUUUUAAAAACAAGAGGAGAUGAAAACGUUUGAUUAUUUUCUCAGUGUAUUUUUGUAAAAAAUAUAUAAGGGGUGUAAAUUGCUGUUUUGGAUUUCCUGAUUAUAACAGGGCUGCUGGUUAAUCUCUCUCACACACAAAAUCAGCCCCUACUUUUAUCAUGUUUACACUCCAAUCUGCAGGCUUCUUAAAGAGACAGCAUCCCUUGUAUCCACUAUUCAGCUCUACUUAUGAGUUGAGAGAGAGAGGGAUUGUACUAAUUCACUGUAGGGCUAACUUCUAACAAAUAACCCCCCCUCUCAAAAUAAAUAGUAUGUUACACAGAAACAACUGGAGCAUUUUUGAAAAAAGGGAUCCUGUAGCUUUAACUUGUAAACCACAUCUUUUGCACUUUUUUAUAAGCAACAAAAAACCCUUGCCGUUUAAAUCACUGGAUCUAUCUAAAUGCCGAUUUGAGUUCGCGACACUAUGUAUUGCAUUUUUUCAUUCUUGUAUUUGACUAUUUAAUCCUUUCUACUUGUCGCUAAAUAUAAUUGUUUUAGUCUCUUAUGGCAUGAUGAUAGCAUAUGUAUUCAGGUUUAUAGCUGUUGUGUUUAAGAUGAGAAAAAGUGAAAACAUCUUUGUACAUUUAAAUCUGUAUUAUAAUAAGCAAAAAAAGAGUGUGUGUUUAUGUAUGUUGACAUAACAUGACAGGCACUAGGACAUCUGCCUAAUGAGGAAGUUCCGUUAAGGGUUUUUCCUUUUUUUCCCUUUUUGUUUUUCGGUCAUCCAUCCUGUGCAAUAUGCUGUGUGGAAUAUCUUUGUCUAACAAUCUGCCCAUAACACAAGGUUGGGGGGGGAGGAAGCUGGCUAAUUAUGCCAAGUUCACUGCCUGUCAGAUUGUCAAUAUACUUUCUGUAAAUAACCUUUUUUUCCAAAGGAAAUAAAAUCAGCUGGAACUGAA